AUGGCAUCAAACCGGGCUUCCUUGUUUGUGGGUGCAGGCAACGAAGAGGUCGAAAAGGGGUUCGACCAUCUCAUCGACAACUUUGUACCUAGUUUCGAUCCUCACUACGAUUUUACCUCCUUAUCGAACUUAAACACUGGGUAUAUCGACAUCUUCCAGCAGCUGGAGAAUAAGUACGAGCAAAAUGGUCCAACAACCGGCAAUGACUCCCCCAAUAUGCCCACACUAUCCAUGAGCUUUCCACCAACUACCGUGUCUUUCCCGGAGAUGAAAGCAAAGCUCACACCAGAUACCUCUCAAGCUCCUAACCAAUCUUCAAUAGGGAGUUCGGACAGGGAAAUAAUAAAGUCGGAGCUGCAACGGCUAGUACGUAACCAUGAAAACGUUACUUCAACCCGGUUUUCUAUUCAGCAGAAACGUGCAAAACUACGAGAGAAAAGAGCUGCAUCAACAAAUUUGGGAAUUACUUUGAUGAGGGAACUAAAUGCACAUUUUGCGCAGGAAGAAACUCCUUCGCCUCUCCUCGCCUUAUUUGAGCAGUAUCAAAAGUCAUGGGCUGAAUAUCUGCUCACGGAAAACGAAUAUGAAGACGAAGAGGACAAGCUGGAUGAAGGAGAAUAUCAACUUGAAAACACUCAGCAGAAAAUAAAAAUAGCUAUUGAACAAUAUGAUAGUGACAAGGGUUUUAUUGCCAAUCUUGACCCUAUACAAGACCAGGAGAAUCCCGCACCGAACGUAUCCUUCGAGGCUGGAGCUUACCCUCCUUUACUUGCGGAAUAUCUCACUCGCUGUGGUACUCUUGACCUUGUCACGGAAAGAUUAUGGGACCUUCGGAUGGAGCACAAGGAGGCCUUCGACGAUUAUCAGAAUGGAAUAGGCCUACGGGCUUCUCAACCAAAUGAAGAUACUAUCGACCUCCUCACCAAUUUUAAAAAGUAUGAAGGCGAAAUUCUCCACGAGAAAGAGGCACUGGAAAGAGAAAUCGAACAGCUUAAGACGCAGUGUCAGGAAAAGGGUCUUUUUGAGGACUCCUUGGGCCUUCAGCUGACUGAUAAUGAGCUGGAAGCACCACUAUUGGACCCCUUACAGUCCCUGCCAGCGUAUAAGCAUAUACUAUGGGGAAGAGGUACCCCACGGUUCUUCGAAUCUGCCCUGUCCCAGGAACCCGUUGAAACUGGGGCAUUUAUCAACAAGUGGAUUUUUCAUCAGCUCUGUCAAUCUUCAUUAGAAGUUCUCCAGUUCAGACAGAGCCUUAGCUCACAGAACGUGAAGGUCGAUAGCGAUGAGGAACUUCUGGAUCUAGCGCUGCGUUACUGGAAGUUUGAUGGCGCUGCCAAGCCAGUUUCUCGACCCAUCUCCGAACCCUGCUCCGAUACCUUUAAAGACUCUGGUCUGAAACCUCCAGAUAUGAGAGCCGAUGAUAUCGACUUGAAGCCUACUGUCAUCCACCCUUCUGAGGCGGACUUUACGCAUAGGCGGCCAGGUAAAGACAGCGAGAAAUGUUGA